AUUAAAUGAUGGCCAUUUGUUUUCUUCAGCUUCCCUAUCUUGUUCUACUUUUUGGUCUGAGUAGAAGCAGAGCAAAAGCAGAAAAUAUGACUAUGGCUACUACUACUCAUAUUUCUCCAAUGGCAUCAAUGAAACAAUUCCCUUCAAAUACCUUCAAUCUUCUUCAGCCAUUUCCAUCAGUCUUCCAUGGAUUUCAAAGAAAACCACCACUAAUUUCAAUUACUGCAAAAUUCCCUUCUCAAAACUUCAGUUUACAGAAAUUUGUUCCAGUUUCUGCUUGCCUUGCUAUUCUUCUAUGGUCCUCUCCUGCUAAUGCUGGAUUUCUUUCGGGUUCAAAUGGAAUAGAAUCAGUUCCUGGCCCUGAAUUACCUAAGAUUGAUUUUCUUAAUCGCUGGAACGAUGAUAAUCAGAAAAAGUAUGCAGAACUUGAUGCAAAAUUCAAAGAGUCGCCUUUGCUUAAACAGUUACUUGAGAAAUCCAAGCAAAACAAAGAGAAGAACAAAAAAUCAAUUGAAGACAAGUAUUGUUUACGAGGAGCUGAGUGGGGAGUUGGAGAUUGUUCUACAGCAGGAAUGACACAAGAAGAUAGAGACAGCUUCAUUGCCAUGUUGAAGCAGAAGGCUGGUGUAGAAUGAACGCGCAACUAUGUAACCUUUAUCACCAAUGUUGGUUCCAAUUUUCACUCAUCGAACUUUCAAGAAUGCAAAUGGAUGAUGCAAAGAGUGAAGAUUGAACAUUAAUGGUGAAAGUUCGCGUUAUCAGACGUGGAGUUUGAUUGAAUCUCCAAGACAUUAGAAGCUUUUAGUAUAAGCAGCAGAACAUUUCAAGGGCCAUUCUUCCAUUGUUCUAUAGCUUGUAAAUACACUGCAUUAGUAAAAUGAGCUUGACAGUGGCAUAUUGAUAUUAAUAGUGAAGUUUUUGCACUUUUA